UCUAUUAAUUCCUGAGAUGAUCCUCCGAUCGCCAUUGCUCGGAAGCUGUUUGCUUUUGCUUCUGGUAGCGAUACAGGAUACUACCCAGCAAGAAUGCAUGACUCCAACACGGAAACGUGGUUUGUGCCUGUCAAUCUACGAAUGCAGCAGCAUGCUGUCCUUUUUCGGCGAUCGUCUGUUGUCGUGGGCGGACCGGGAAUUUCUUCGGCUAUCGGCAUGCACUGGGGCCCCGUCUGGACAAUCACCAUUCGUUUGUUGCCCGGAUAAGAUAAUAAAAUCGAACGCAGUAACUGAGGGUAGCACCGCGAAACCUGCCGCAGGUAGUGAAGCUGGCACUACCCCUCCGCCAACGACAUCACCGCACCUGGUGGUAGAAAUACCAGCGACGAGUGCCCCGCUGAAUCCACAGCAGCGGACCGAAAUCAGCGGCGGUGUUCUGCCGGAUCCGAAAAAGAACGAAUGCGGUGUCAGCAUCGGGAUGCGAAUCUACGGUGGCGAGAAUGCUGACAUCGACGAAUUUCCCUGGCUGGCGAUGCUGGAGUUCGAGAACUUCCGUGGUGAACGCAAAUUUAGCUGCGGAGGAUCGCUGAUCAAUAGCCGGUAUGUGCUAACGGCGGCACAUUGCGUGGUUGGCGAGGUGGAACAAAAAGAAGGAACAUUGAUCAGCGUUCGAUUGGGCGAAUACGACACCAGCACCGACAUCGAUUGCAUCGAGCAGGAUAGCGAGAAAAUCUGUGCCGAUCCGCCAAUGGAUGUUCCGGUCGAGGAGAAGGUUGCCCACCCAGAGUACAAUGAAAUGACCAAACUUAACGACAUCGCACUGCUGCGACUUAUCCGGGACAUCCAGUACUCCGACUUCAUUCAACCGAUCUGCCUGCCAUUAGUUGAUUUUAAGAACUCAGCCGCCGGAGAUGUCACCUUUGUGACCGGCUUCGGACGAACGUUAAAAGGCAACCGCAGCGACAUCAAGCAGAAGCUCGGCAUCAAGGUGUACGAUCAGGAGCGCUGCCAGGCCAAGUUUGCCACUAAGAAAGCGGACAUAACACCAAAGCAGCUGUGCGCGGGUGGUGACUUCGCACGGGACUCCUGCCACGGUGAUUCCGGUGGUCCACUGAUGAAACUGUACAAGGUCUGGACGCUGGAGGGAGUGGUCUCCUAUGGAAACCGAUGCGGACUGGAGGACUGGCCCGGCGUGUACACCCGAGUGCCGGCCUACAUGCAGUGGAUCCGUUCCUCGCUCAGGGAUUAA